AUGGCACUCAGCACCCGCCUGGCCGCCUCCCUCCGGCCCGCCCUGGCAGCUCUGCGCCGGGCAGCCCCCAGGCACUGCCGGGGGCUCAGCACCCCGCAGGGAUCAGAGCUCUCAUUCAAUCUCGGGGGCAUCUUCCCACCGCUCGCCACCCCUUUCUCGCCCACACAGGAGGUGGACUAUGGCCAGCUGGAGGGGAACCUGCGCCGCUACGCCCGCAUCCCCUUCCGAGGGCUGGUGGCACUGGGCUCCAACGGGGAGUAUCCGUACCUGGCAUCCCGUGAGAGGGUGGAGGUGGUGAGCUGCGUGCGCCGGGCUCUGCCCAGGGACCGCUUGCUGCUGGCUGGCUCGGGCUGUGAAUCCACCCAGGCCACCAUCGAGCUGACAGUCAGCAUGGCAGAGGCGGGGGCUGACGUGGCGCUGGUAGUGACACCCUGCUAUUACCGGGGGGCCAUGACCACUGCUGCCCUGAUCCAUCACUACACAGAGGUUGGCGAUGCAUCCCCCAUCCCUGUGGUGCUGUACAGUGUCCCUGCCAACACCGGCCUGGACCUGCCCAUGGAGGCUGUCAUCACCCUGGCUCAGCACCCCAACAUCAUUGGGAUCAAGGACAGCGGUGGGGACAUCACCCGCAUGGGGCUGAUGGUCCACAAGACAAGGCAGGAGGAUUUCCAGGUGCUGGCAGGAUCAGCUGGCUUCCUGCUGGCAAGCUACACUGUGGGUGCCUCUGGGGGUGUGUGUGCCCUCGCCAAUGUUCUGGGUGACCCAUUGUGUCAGCUGGACCACCUGUGCCGCACGGGGCAGUGGCAGGAGGCCCGUGACCUGCAGCACCGCCUCAUCGAGCCCAACACAGCGGUCACCCGCCGGUUUGGGAUCCCGGGGCUGAAGAAGGCCAUGGAAUGGUUUGGCUACUAUGGAGGUCCCUGCCGUGCCCCCCUGGCCCCUCUGAGCCCUGCCCAGGUUGAAGAGCUGAGGAGCACCUUCAGUGCCAAUGGCUGGUUGUGAGCUGUUCUCCAUCUGCCCCUUCCCACACUGGGCAGGUACAGGAGUCAGGGACCCUGGGAACUGGGGACAUCCUGGGGACGCUGGGAGGUGGCCAGGAGAAGGCUGCCAUAUUACUCUU